CUAAAACCAUGUAAAAAGCCUUACCCCACCAAGAAAUAGUUGCAACAUAUAGCUAGAAAGGGCGUGCCAAGAACCAAAUAUAAAACGAGAACAUUCUGCAAUCGAGACACAGUUGAAAAUACGGAUAAAAACCAAGACAAACUAGACAACAUGAACCGAACCAAUUAUAAAGAAAGAGAAGACCCCUCCUUACAAAGAGCAAUAGUGCCAGAGGACUUUCCAAAAACCAGACUAACAUUCUCGGAGAGCGAAGACUUUAACGAUGCACUGGCAGCUUGCAUUGACCAAUAUACAGAAGCACGAACAAGAAAAGGAGUCCGAAUCCAGCAUAUCACGUUCAGCGAUUUUUACAAGAAAAACGGUGGAAUCGUGGUUACGUGUGAAUCCAAAACAACGGUGAAUUGGCUGGACAAGGCCAUAAAAUAUAUCAAAAUGCCAAGCGGUGUGAAAUUAAGAACAGACGACAGAUCCAUACUGGAACACAGAUACAUAAUAGAGGGCAAAGCAACACACUCUAGAUUUAAUACCACUAAUAUAAUCGAAACAAUUGGACGAUUCAAUAACGGAUUAGACGUCUCAAAAUGGAAGAUAAUGGGAGAACGAACAGCGAGUGGAGGUAGAAUAAUGAAAAUAGAGAUUGAUGGAAGAUCAUUGGGAGCAAUAAGAAAAAGGGCAAAUAAGCUGGCACUUGACAAAUACCUUAUUCAACGAUUUUACAUUUUAACGGUAGAACGAACAUCAGGUAACAGAAACAACGAUACAGACAGAGACACAGAAAUUCGCGACGAAGAUUUUGAGUGGGCGCAAGUCACAGACACAAAUCGAAACGACCAAGCGACUCCAGAAAACAUCGGGACAAUGAAUAAUGAAGACGUAUCCAUGAUGCUGAUAAGAGAAUUAGAGGAAGUGUCGCAGGAAUCCAACGGCCUAUUCGACAAGGAAGGCGAUGACAUACUUAUGGACCUAACAACGGGACCGGACGAAAUCAUAGAAGCCACUCCACCGCAACCAGAACAGCCAUCGACCAAUCAAUCAGUAAACAAGACUGCAAUAAGGAAAGAACGUAACAAGGAACAGGGCACGGAAAUUUGGACAGAAACCCCAAAAACAAGCAAAAUAAAUACCCCGCCAAGGAACAACCAUCAAAAUGAAAUCGAACAUGACAUUGAAAUUAUGCUGUCUGGCGUAACAAAAGAACCACAAUCGACAAACGCCAAGACCUCUCACAAAAAAGGACAGAACAAUCGGAAAAUAGGAAAACACUGA